GAGUAAAAGAGAAAAGUUUAGGAGCUUAGUUGAAGACUUUAAAACGCUAAAUUGACCUAUUUGCAUAAAUUAAAAGAAGCGUCGCUUGAAACACUCCGAUGAAAAAAUGGUCCCAACAAAACCUCUGCACCGCAAUCACACCUCCGUCGUCCACCAGGUAAUCUCAGUCAUGCUCCAAAACCGCCCCUUUGAUGCCAUACUCGCAACCUCAACCACCUCCGCCAAUCCAUGGACUACAGAUUCCGUCUCCGACGUCUUAAGAUCGGUUCCCAGGUUCUUCUUCCAGUCCCCUCGCUCCGUUGGUCGCCAAAAGGGUUUCCGCCACCGUGCACCAUUGAAACAAAGAAACCUCAAACAAGAAUUUGCUAAAAUCCGUGACAAUGUUCUUCUUCUCGGCCCUGCCGCUUAUAGAGACCCAAAACGAGCCGAUUUGGGGUUGGACAAGGCACUGGAGUUCUAUUACUGGGUCGAGACCCAUUUUGGGUUUGCCCAUAAUGAGAUGACUUGUAGAGAGAUGGCUUGUGUGUUGGCUAAAGGGAAUAUGGUUAAGGGUCUUUGGGAAUUUCUCAAAGAGAUGGCCAGGAGGGAUGGCGGCGGGCUCGUAACUACUGCGACCGUCACCUGUUUGAUUAAAGUCCUAGGAGAAGAGGGGUUAGUUAAUGAGGCGUUGGCUGUUUUCUAUAGGAUGAAGCAGUUUCGGUGCAAACAGGAUGUUGUUGCUUAUAAUAUGAUUAUUCAUUCUCUUUGCAGGGUAGGGAAUUUUAGAAAAGCCAGGGCCUUGCUAGAGCAGAUGGAGUUGCCUGGAUUUAGAUGUCCACCGGAUGUAUAUACGUAUACUAUAUUGAUUAGUUCUUACUGCAAGUAUAGCAUGCAAACUGGGUGCAGGAAGGCCAUUAGGAGAAGGUUGUGGGAGGCAAACCAUCUGUUUCGGAUUAUGUUGUUUAAGGGUUUUGUUCCUGAUGUUGUGACGUAUAAUUGCUUGAUUGAUGGUUGUUGCAAAACUAAUCGAAUUGAGAGGGCUUUGGAACUUUUUGAUGAUAUGAACAAAAGGGGCUGUGCCCCUAACCGGGUCACCUAUAAUUCUUUUAUUAGGUACUAUAGUGCUGUUAAUGAGAUUGAUAAGGCUAUUGAAAUGAUGCGGAGGAUGCAAAAGAUGAAUCAUGGGAUACCUACUGCAAGUUCUUAUACUCCAAUUAUACAUGCUCUCUGUGAAGCAGGAAGGCUGUUGGAAGCUAGGGAUUUUCUUGUUGAACUUGUUGAGGGGGGCUCUGCUCCCAGAGAGUAUACCUAUAACUUAGUUUGUGAGGCACUGAACUCAGUGGGAGAGGCUGAUUUGCUAGAUGAUGCUCUGCAUAAAAGAAUAAAGGAAGGUAUAGAGAACAGAUUUGGACAAGUGAUGAAGGUCAAACCAGUUUUGAGUUGCAAAAGGGUGGUGAGUGUAGAGGAGGUGUAACAUUGUGAAAAAUCUGAACUUGCUUAACUAUCAAAUGACUGCGGACAACAAGAAGAAUUUGGUUGAUGUAUUUGUCCCUCCACUGGUUAUUACUUAAUCUGAUUGUAUUUUAUUUUAUUUCUGUGCUUCUGAAUGCAAUUCAGCACAUCCCUUAGCUGUAGAAAUAUGUAUCAUGGACAAGUAAACUGAAACUAGGAGGCUGGGACAGGAUUUGUUAUGAGUUGGGGGACAGCUAGACAUUUCAUUGACUCCAGAAGCUAGUUUUCAGCCAUGUUCAGAAAUGAUUCAUAUGAACAACGUGGUUCUUUGAAAAUGUGAAUUAAUUUCUAUUUAUUCUAGACAAAGGGCAAGUAGAAGAUUGGAUAUUCCAGCUGCACUUGGGAGCUUUAUACAUGUUUCUGCAACCUUGUUUAGGAUUUACAUUUUUUCUGGACCCUCUGUUCUCUGCUGCACUGGUACUUAACCAGCUUGAUGACUCUAGUUUUGUUGAUGUUCUGCUGCUUUAUAUUGUUGAUGAUCAGGGUUGUUUGUGUCAUUUCCUCUGGACUACAAUGGAUCUGAUUUUGUUGAUCUUGACAAUUUGAAGGUGAGAUUGUUAGCUUUAGGGAGAGAUAUAUGAAUCAGAUAUGAUGCAGCAACCAACGAUGGAGAAGCAAGGGAGAGGAGAGUUGAGAGAAGAAGAGCAAGCAGCUGUAUUGCUGAUUGCUCUGCCCUGUGCUUCUGUUUACCCCUAAAUCUUUUCUUCUCAAAACUGAUAAGAGUAGGGUUGUCCAUUGCCCAUC